UCCUUUUGCAAGCACUAGUCCGUACAUCUCAACCUGUUCGUUUCCGGUCGUAGACAAUGCACACAGGAGCACGAGCCCUAUAUCAACAACCAACCAUGACAAGAGCCAAACCCCAAACAUCAAAGCCUCCAAAACUCAUAACUAUAUCAGACUCUCACACCCAUCUAUCUCCCCUCCACGCCCCCAACCCAUCCAAGACUCACUCUCCAAUUCCUCAAAUCAUCAAGCCCUUAACCUUCAACCCCGAAACCAUCAGCCCCGUAACCUCCAACCCCUAAACACAAUGCCCUCCCAACCACAACAACCACCCUCACAACAACCACCCUCACAACAACCAC